GAUAAAUCUGAUGCGGUAUUUGAUAUUACAGAAAAAUGUGGUGAAAUUCUGGAUGCAGAAAUGUCUGAGGACACUGACCACAACUUAACACCUGCCCUCGACAGCAUAUCUUAUGGAAUACAGAAUCGAACAGGAUCUGAAAACUCACUGCUGGAUGAUGAUGAUGAUUAUUUUCUGAACUCUGGGGAUCUUGCAGGCAUACCUGUUGUUGGGAGUGACAACGAAGAUGAUCAAAAUUUCACUCCAAAAGAUACUCUUUCUUCAGCAAUUCAUGAUGAAGACCAUCUGGAAGAGGGCAAGAGAGUUUCAGAACAUGAAUUGGACAGUGAAAAAGAAAUUCAUAUUCAGAAUGCAAUCCAAAAGGAUCUCACUUCACCAUUUGAGCAGGGCCCUGUAUUUAAAUCAAUUCGAAAAGAUUUUAGCAUAACAAGAGAUAAUGGCAAAGAGACUUUUUCAGCAAAGGACAAGAAUAGAGAAGGACAUUUUCAAGAACGUGAAAAACGGUUGGAAAAAAUCCCUAAAGAUAUGGAUUCUAGAUUGAAAAGCAGUUUUCUUGACAAAGCAGUUCAUAAUCAAGUAGAAGAAACAUUACGGACGCAGUUAGCGCCACAAACUCCAGAAACUAACUUCAGGGAGUCUAGCUACCUAUUUUCUAGUAAGGAAUCUAUUGGACAAGAGCUGGGGAAUUCCUUUGCACCAAAUAUUAGAAUUAAGGAGGAGCCUUUGGAUGACGAAUAUGAUAAAGCUAUGGCCCCACAGCAGGGACUAUUAGACAAAAUUAAAGAUGAACCUGAUAAUUCCGAGGAGUACGGCCAACAGCCAAAAACUCAGGAAGGGGAGCUGAAAAUCAGUGCUGUAUUUUCAGUCAGUGGCAGUCCUCUUGCUCCACAGCUGUCAUCAGGUUUCCAGCCUGCUGUGGCAUCCUCUGGCAUGAGCAAAAUGCUUCCUUCAGUUCCAACCACAGCUGUUCGGGUUUCCUGUUCUGGCUGCAAAAAAAUCCUGCAGAAGGGGCAAACUGCAUACCAGAGGAAAGGCUCUACCCAGCUCUUCUGCUCCACACUGUGCCUCACUGGAUACACUGUUCCAGCUUCUCGCCCACCAGCUUCUACCAAGAAAACCUGCUCAAGCUGCUCAAAAGACAUUCUAAAUCCAAAGGAUGUAAUCACUGCCCAGUUUGACAAUACGAACUCCAGUAAGGAUUUCUGCAGCCAGUCAUGUCUCUCUACAUAUGAACUGAAAAGGAAACCUGUUGUUACUAUUCAUACUAACAGCAUUUCAACCAAGUGCAGCAUGUGCCAGAAGAAUGCAGUGAUUAGACACGAAGUGAAUUACCAGAACGUUGUACACAAGCUCUGUAGCGAUGCCUGCUUCUCCAAGUUCCGCUCAGCUAACAACUUGACCAUGAACUGCUGUGAGAAUUGUGGAGGAUACUGCUACAGUGGCUCUGGCCAAUGUCACAUGCUUCAAAUAGAGGGACAGUCAAAAAAGUUCUGCAGUUCAACAUGUGUGACAGCAUACAAGCAGAAGUCAGCUAAAAUUACACCUUGCACACUGUGUAAAUCUUUGAGAUCUUCAGCCGAGAUGAUAGAGAGCACAAAUAACUUGGGAAAAACUGAACUGUUUUGCUCUGUUAACUGCUUGUCAGCAUAUAGAGUGAAAAUGGUUACUUCUGCAGGUGUUCAAGUUCAGUGCAACAGCUGUAAAACUUCAGCAAACCCUCAGUAUCACUUGGCUAUGUCAGAUGGGAGCAUACGCAAUUUUUGCAGCUACAGUUGUGUAGUAGCUUUUCAGAAUUUGUUCAACAAGCCUGCAGGAAUGAACUCCUCAGUGGUACCUCUGUCACAAGGUCAAGUCAUUGUAAGCAUUCCCUCGGGGGCAACGGUAUCGGCAGGUGGCACCACCUCGACUGUGUCCCCCAGCUCCAUGAGCAGUUCAGCUGCAGCUGGUCUACAGAGGCUGGCUGCCCAGUCCCAGCAAGUCACUUUUGCCCGCCCUGUUGUAAAACUCAGGUGUCAGCACUGUAACAGAUUGUUUGCAACCAAACCAGAACUGCUUGACUACAAGGGUAAAAUGUUCCAGUUUUGUGGGAAGACCUGCUGUGAUGAAUAUAAGAAGAGGAGCAGUGUAAUGGCAAUGUGUGAAUACUGCAAAAUUGAGAAAAUUAUCAAGGAGACAGUGCGAUUCUCAGGCAUAGAUAAGCCAUUCUGUAGUGAAGGUUGUAAACUGCUCUAUAAACAUGACUUGGCUAAGCGCUGGGGAAACCACUGUAAAAUGUGCAGUUACUGUUUACAGGCUUCCCCCAAACUGGUCCAGAAUCACUUCGGGGGCAAAAUGGAGGAAUUUUGCUCAGAGGAGUGCAUGUCUAAAUUCACAGUUUUGUUUUACCAGAUGGCAAAGUGUGAUGGUUGUAAGAGACAAGGUAAACUCAGUGAGUCCAUGAAAUGGCAAGGGGAGAUCAAGCAUUUUUGCAAUCUGCUUUGUAUUCUGUUGUUCUGUAAUCAGCAAAGUGUUUCUGACCCUCCACCUCCAAACAACACAGCAAACCUUUCUAUGGCACCAGCUUCCUCAUCAGGCCCUCCUUCUUUGAGAAAAGACUCAACCCCUGUCAUAGCAAAUGUGGUGUCCCUUGCAAGCACCCCAGCUGCCCAGCCUACGGUUAACUCCAACAAUGUUUUACAGGGUGCAGUCCCUACUGUGACAGCAAAAAUAAUAGGAGAUGCUAGUACUCAGACAGAUGCCCUAAAGCUACCACCAUCACAGCCACCUAGGCUUCUAAAAAACAAAGCAUUAUUGUGCAAGCCAAUCACACAGACUAAGGCCACUUCAUGCAAACCUCACACGCAAAACAAAGAAUGCCAGACAGAAGAAGAAGAAGAAGUUCAACCCCAAAUCAUUGUGGUACCUGUUCCUGUACCAGUGUUUGUGCCAGUGCCCCUUCACCUCUACACUCAGUACACACCAGUUCCACUUGGGAUGCCAGUACCUGUACCAGUUCCCAUGCUCUUCCCAACUACCCUGGAUAAUGCUGAUAAGAUCAUUGAAACUAUUCAGGAUAUCAAGGAAAAGAUUCCCACAAAUCCAUUUGAAGCUGAUCUCCUUCAGAUGGCAGAAAUGAUUGCAGAAGAUGAGGAGAAAGAAAAAACACACUCUCAUGGUGGAUCUCAAACAUCUGAGCAUGAGCUCUUCCUGGACCCCAAGAUAUUUGAGAAAGAUCAAGGUAGCACUUAUAGUGGAGAUCUAGAAUCUGAAGCAGUGUCCACUCCACACAGCUGGGAGGAUGAGUUAAAUCACUAUGCCUUACGAUCAAAUGCCCUGCCAGAACCAGAUCCAGAACUGAAGCAGUUCUCCAAAGGUGAUGUGGAACAGGACCUGGAGGCAGAUUUUCCAUCAGACUCAUUUGACCCUCUCAGUAAAGGACUGGGUUUGCAUUCACGUUCACGAGCAAGACGGAGACAUAGAGAUGGCUUCCCACAGCCAAAAAGACGGGGACGGAAGAAGUCUGUAGUUUCUGUAGAGCCCCGGAAUCUGAUGCAGGGCUCCUACCCAGGAUGCUCUGUUUCUGGGAUGACCCUAAAGUAUAUGUAUGGGGUAAACGCCUGGAAAAACUGGGUCCAAUGGAAAAACGCACAGGAGGAACAAGGGGACCUGAAGUUUUCAGUUCGUCCUGUGAAACUCAAGGAGGACAUUCUCUCAUGCACUUUUGCUGAGCUGAGUUUUGGCUUGUGCCAGUUUAUUCAAGAGGUGCGGAGACCAAAUGGAGAAAAAUAUGAUCCUGACAGCAUCUUAUACUUGUGCCUUGGAAUUCAGCAGUACCUGUUUGAGAAUGGUAGAAUAGAUAACAUUUUUACCGAGCCCUAUUCCAGGUUUAUGAUUGAACUUACAAAACUUUUGAAAAUCUGGGAACCUACAAUUCUUCCAAAUGGUUAUAUGUUCUCAAGAAUUGAAGAGGAACACUUGUGGGAAUGUAAACAGCUGGGUGCAUAUUCCCCUAUCGUUUUAUUGAACACACUUCUAUUCUUCAACACCAAAUACUUCCAACUAAAGAAUGUCAGUGAGCACCUGAAACUAUCCUUUGCCCAUGUUAUGAGACGCACCCGAACUCUGAAGUAUAAUACUAAGAUGACAUAUUUACGUUUUUUCCCACCCUUUCAAAAACAAGAGGUAGAAUCAGAUAAAUUAUCUGUAGGCAAAAGGAAACGCAGUGAAGAUGAGGAGAUUCCAACAGCAGUGGAAAUGGCUGAAAAUACAGAUAAUCCCCUGCGAUGUCCAGUCCGACUUUAUGAAUUUUACUUAUCAAAAUGUUCUGAAAGCGUGAAGCAGAGAAGUGAUGUAUUUUACCUUCAACCUGAGCGCUCCUGUGUACCCAAUAGCCCCAUGUGGUAUUCCACAUUGCCAAUAGACCCAGGAACCUUGGACAUCAUGUUAACACGUAUUCUUAUGGUGAGGGAGGUACAUGAAGAACUUGCCAAAGUCAAAUCAGAGGACUCUGAUAUUGAGUUAUCAGACUAACUGAAGUGGGGUAUUUUCCUUUGAAUACACAUCAGAAGCACCAAACUGUGAAUACGUCCAGCCUUUGGAAAAUGUGUAUCAAAUAAGCCACGAUAAUGUCACCUACAGGCAUAUUUUGAACCACAGUGGAUGUACAAACUGGAACUGGAAGGAAGCAAGCUGUGUAAGCUGCAAGAAACAACGUCCUGUGGCACUGAUAAAUCCUCUGAACAAAUUUAAGAUGAACUAACCUAUCUGAGUGGUGCAUAAAUCCUUUAUCUGUUUAGGAUUU